AUGAAUCUCAACUUCACCUCCCCUCUACACGCAGCGUCUUCUCAGAGGCCCACAUCCUUCUUCAUCGAAGACAUUCUGCUGCAUAAGCCCAAGCCGCUGAGGGAGGUGGCUCCUGAUCAUUUUGCCAGUUCUCUGGCUUCUCGGGUGCCUCUGCUAGACUAUGGCUACCCCCUCAUGCCCACACCCACCCUUCUGGCUCCUCACGCCCAUCACCCUCUGCAUAAGGGGGACCACCACCAUCCUUAUUUCCUCACUACCUCGGGGGUACCGGUCCCGGCACUGUUCCCGCACCCCCAGCACGCGGAGCUGCCGGGGAAGCACUGUCGCCGCCGCAAAGCUCGCACGGUUUUUUCUGACUCGCAGCUCUCCGGCCUUGAGAAGAGAUUCGAGAUACAGCGCUAUCUGUCCACGCCAGAACGGGUGGAGCUGGCCACAGCCCUCAGCCUGUCUGAGACGCAGGUGAAAACAUGGUUCCAGAACCGGCGGAUGAAGCAUAAAAAGCAACUGAGGAAAAGUCAAGACGAGUCCAAAGCACCUGAUGGGCCGGAGAGCCCCGAGAGCAGCCCGCGUGGCCCAGAGGCCGCCGCCACCGCCGGCGACGCUCGCCUGAGCCUGCCCGCUGGCCCCUUCGUGCUGACCGAGCCAGAGGACGAGGUGGACAUUGGGGACGAGGGGGAACUCAGCUCAGGGCCGCACGUGCUCUGA